AUGACUGACAUGCCAUAUCUUGAAACUCGAUCACAACAACAAGACAACUCUUCGUAUAAGGCUCAAGAGUAUCUUGAGAGUAAUUGGUUGGCCUGUAAGGAUAAGUGGGCUGGUUAUCUCACUCGUAUGUACAUCCAUUUUGGAUGUACUACAACUCAGCGGAUUGAGGGUACCCAUAGUGCUCUUAAGCGCGGGACAAUGUCAACCAGAUUGGACCUGCUUUCUGCGUUUGACGAGGAUGAUCAAUAUGUGAAGCGUCAAGCCAUCAGACAAAGCACAGCUAGCAACAAAGAGGAGUAUUAUGUUGAUUGUGCGAUCAGAAACAACCAGCAACUUGUGAACUUGAUUGGUAAGGUGUCAUCAAAGGCUUUGACAACUAUCCACAAAGCCAUAUUGAAAGUAUCCCUUAUGUCCGAAGAUAUAAAGCUUGCCGCUCGUGCCAAUUCUUGUUCUGCAGCGACCGUAUCUGCUACGCUUUGCCUUGUAAACAUGACAUUGUCAAAAUGGGUGACAGGUGUCAUUAGCAACAAUGAUAUCCAAUUGUCGAGUGUAGAUGCUCCAAGCCACAACAGUUUUCGUGAGAAAGUAUACCUCGAUCAGUCAGGUAUCGAGGAUGAAGUAAGACAGUCGGACCAGUUCCGUAGCAUUUUGGCUGAAGCUGAAGUAAAAUACCGCGAGUGCCAAUCAGUCACCGAAUCCAAUGCACUUGGUGAUAUGUUGAAGAAGGCUUUGGAGGAUCACCGAAAGUUUGUCGAGGAGUUCAGAAGUAUGGACGGUCCAAUCGGACUACCCAAAGCAGACCACAUAUCAAAGGUUGGCCGUCAUGCUAAGGAAAAAAGUUUUUCUCCUUGGCGUCAAAUUAGUGGGGCUGUUAGCAAAGCCAAGCAAACCAAGGAGGACGCUGUUAAGCAUGCUGUUAGUGGCAAAAACUAUGUCGUCAAGAGGGACACAUGUGAUAAUUAUGGGGCUAAAUACCACAACACAGCUGUUUUUUACAUUCCCAAGAGAGCCAAGCCAUCCGAGAAUACCGAGUAUGAGGCUGGAGAACGCCUUCAUCUUCCUAAGAGGGCAAAGAUUUCUGUCACGAACGAGAAUUUCGAGAUUCUCACCGAAAUCUAUGUUGACAAGGAUCUUCCUCGUAAUAGUUUUACAGAAAUUGUGAAUGUUGGUGAUGAUGGCCACUGCGGGUUUAGGGCUCUGUCUUACCAGGUCUUUGGAGACGAAGAGUGUCAUGAACUCAUUUCAUCAUGUCCUAGAUCAUGCCUUGAUUUUAAACCCUUGUGA